AUGCCGCCGUCAUCCUUCACUCUUGACCCUGGCACAGUUUUCUCCCUUGCAGUCGCCUUCUCGCUUAUGCCAGCAGCUCAAUUAUUGGCCUCCAUAGUUCUACCGAAGAACGUCCCUACCAAAUACAAGUACCUCUUUAUCUGGCACGCUUACGAUUUCCUUACGCACUUUAUUGUCGAAGGUUCUUAUCUCUACCAUUGUUUCUUCUCGUACGUCGAUUUACCUCCUGCAACGACCGACUACCCUCAUCCUGCUUCAUUAAAUCCUGAGGGUAUCUAUUUUCUUGGACAAAAGAGCCGGCGGUAUGGAGCACUUUACUCGUCUGCGCCAAUGGCAAGGCUCUGGCAAGAAUAUGCGAAGGCUGAUCAUCGAUGGGGAGGUGCGGAUCUUACUGUCAUCAGUCUUGAAAUAUUGACCGUCGGAUUGGCUGGUCCAUGCGCAACUUAUAUUGCCUUUCUGAUUUCACAGAUCGUACCGAAGCCUGCUGGGAGAGAAAGAGCGAAGCUUCAGGCGAAAAUGUGGUUCCUUGCGACCACUCUUGCUACUGCUGAGCUCUAUGGAGGAUUCAUGACAUUCUGCCCGGAAUGGCUGUCCGGAAAUACCCAGUUAGCAGGCGAUGACCCGGUGUACCUGUGGCUAUACUUGGUUUUCUUCAACGUCCUCUGGGUGUUCAUACCAGCCUGGGUACUGUGGGAAGCAUGGAAAGAAGUUUCCGGAACCUUUGAACGCGCCGGACAGAUGACCGACCGGGAAAAAGGGAAAUAA